AUGAAUUCAUCAAAGACAUUGACAAUGCUAAGCAAUACUCUUAGAUACACUAAUAUGUCGAUGACUCGCACAUUGGGCAUCAACAGAGGUAUCAUCACUUCAACUACAUUGUUUGACAGCAGCAACAGCAACAACAUCAACAACAAUGGCAACUUGACAAAGAGAUUCUAUCAUGAGCGUGUACUCGAUCAUUAUAACAACCCAAGAAACAUUGGCUCUUUCGAUAAGAAUGACCCAAUGGUUGGCACGUCGGUUGUUGGUGCACCAGCAUGUGGCGACGUCAUGAAGAUCCAGAUCAAGGUCAAGGACGACGUCAUUCAGGACGUCUGCUUCAAGACGUUUGGAUGUGGCUCCGCCAUUGCCAGCAGCUCGUUGGCCACCGAGUGGAUCAAAGGCAAGACUUUGGAUCAGUGCCUCGAGAUCAAGAACACAGACAUUGCCAAGCAUCUCUCUCUACCACCCGUCAAGAUGCAUUGCAGCAUGCUUGCCGAGCAGGCAAUCAAGCGUGCCAUCUAUGACUACAAGGUCAAGUCAGAGAAGCAAAAGGACGCUGGUGCCUCCAUG